AUGCAUCCCCGGGGACGGUUCCUAGCCGGACAUUUGUCCGCCUUCUAUAUCACUCCGGCGACUGCGCUGAUUUCUAGGAAUCACACCGAUUGGGCGCAUCUUCAGCUGCUUUCCGAUGCCAACAACAUGAAUCAGGUGAGGGAAUGUUUAUUCGAUUGAAAAAGGUUUUACAUCCAAUUGGCGGAAGAGGCAAUUAUCCAAAACGUUUUUUUUAAUUCAAAGUUCAAUUGUGAAAAUCCAAACCAGAAAUCAGCCCCGUUUGACCGGUGAACAGUUGGGAUUAAAUUGAAACAAUGUCCAAGAAAGUUUUCGAAUGUGAUCAAAGAAACGAUCACAAUUUGGACUUUCCUAGUGAACUAUCAGGUCUUCAAUUUUUAAAAGUAGAAGUCAAACUUUUCAAUUAUAAACCAGCUUUUCAACUUGCCAGCACUCCAAAAUAUCCCCCUUUUCUUCGGCCAACCUUCUUUCUUUUCACACGUUUCCGGCCGACGAUUAAAGAAGAUUUCGUUGCCUCCUCCGCCAACCGAAUUGGCCGAAAUUGCGUGAGCAACUAUGAACUCAACGAUUACUUCACUCCAAAAACUCUUCUUCUUCUUCUUCUUUCCCUUCCACUUGCUUUCAGCCUGAUUGAGCCGUUUUCGUGUUGCAGGUCCACUUCGGAACGGCCUCGGCUCGCCGCCGCAACGCCAUGAUUCUGGAGCAAAACAACAUCGGCAACGAUACUCCGAAAGAAGGUUUGUCGUGUUUACAUAUGUCCCGAUGUGUUGCUCGUUUGUUCCCCGAAAAGCACCUAGUAAUUCUUGUUUUGGUUCUUUGGUUUCCCAGUCCUCGAACUGACACAUCAUGGUACGAAUUCAAGGAAGAAGGAUUACGGUAGUUUUGUGAUUUCAGCGAGCUCGUUCUCGGGUUUUCAUGGCCACUCCGUUCCAUCCGCAUCACAAGGAGCGAGAGUUUUCGGUCUCGAAAGGUUCAAACAGCCUUCCGAAUGACACCCCCGGUUAGCCGUCCAAAUCAACUUUGGUUCUGCAGGUCUGCUCGCCAAUCUGCGUCUCGCCCUCUUCCAUCUCGUUCUCAUCUUCGCAACCGUCGCCUACAUCAUCGCCGGCGCCUAUCUGUUCACAAAGAUCGAGCAUCAGGCCGAACUGGACCGCUACCAGUCAUACCACAACAGCUAUCGGAACUUUGUCGUUAACCUCCAUCAAUCACCGAAUCGUUCGGUUUCGGACGUCGAAAACCUGAUUGACACCUUCACUCUCAUCAAUUUUCGCGCGUUCAAAGACGGAUUGAAACCGAAUGGUAUGAGAUGGAAUGAUCAAAAGUAAAAAAGCGUUUGUUUUCAGAUUUCCUGGCUCCAAAAAACACAAGCAGAUGGUCUAUGAUCUCUUCGAUCUUCUUCACAACUACAGUACUCACUUCCAUAGGAUACGGCAACUUGAUCCCCAUUUCAACAGGCGGCAAAAUCUUUUGUGUUGGCUACGCGAUUUUUGGGUGGGAGCACGAGGGAUUCAUAAACAAUUUCAACUUUUUCAGAAUCCCUCUGACUUUAGUGACCAUUGCCGAUUUGGCCAAGUUCGUCGCCGACAUGCUCAUAAUGGACCCGACGGAAGAUCCGAAGACAGGCCGACAGCUCCUGGUUCUCGUCUUUCUGCUCGGCUACAUGACCAUAUCUGCGUGUGUUUACACUCUCCUCGAACCCAUGUGGUCCUUCCUCGAUUCCUUUUAUUUCUGUCUUGUUUCUUUGGUGAGUCUCUUACCUUCUCCCUUCAUCUUCUCCCUGAUUUCCAGUUAACCGUCGGAUUCGGUGACCUGUAUCCGGUGGGCACCGUCGAGUACAUGCUCGUCUCGAUUGUAUUCAUCUUCAUCGGACUUAUUCUGACGACCUUGGGUAAGUCGCCUCCUUUUCAAGUGCUCCGCUCGUAAUUGAGGGUUCCCGAAGAAGUCAUAAACCGCGUCUGAAGGCCAUCUUCUUAACCUGUUCCCUUUUUGCAGCCGUCGAUGUGAGCGGAUCAGUCGGAAUCGCGAAGAUGCACUCGAUCGGACGUGGAUUCGAUGCGAUGCGAAUGCUGAAUGCACUACGGUAAGUGGAGGAGGGAGAUCAUCAGCCGACACAUCCGCAAUAGCACAUAAUUCUUCUCACUUGCCGCGUUCUUGUGACCCGUUAACACAAAAGCCGAAAACAUACUCGUUUCUGGCCAAGUUCCUUGACAAGAUACGAGAUUUCCGCAUGCAUUUCGAGAUCGGAUCCGACGAUUACGUCGAUGAUGACUGCUGGGGCCGCCGGUGAAGAACGAGGUGGUGGCGACGUGGAGACGCACUCUCUCCCAGUAAUUCGGACUGGAAUCGGAUCGGAGGAGGCCCUCGCCAGAUACUCGCCAGAUUUGUGA